GUGAGCUCAGAGCUGAAUGCAGGCAGGUAGCAGCUCUGCAGCCUAUUGCUGAGCAACAAACCCAACCUGGCCUCACAAACCAGAAUUAAGCUCUAAUAAAAGGUGAUUCACCUGCAGAGAGGAUCAACUGCCUGCUCUCCCAGCCCAACUGGCAGAGUUAUUCAUGAAGCAGUAUCUGGUCGUGUUGGCUGUAUUUUCAGUGGUUGGUAUUGUGACAACAGAGGUGCCACCAUGUGUGAAACGUCCAGCAUUUUCUUCUACAAACUUUGAGAACAUCCUGACAUGGGAAACUGAAGCAGAUAUUUCCCCUGGCACUGUAUUUGAUGUCCAAUAUAAAGAGUAUGGAGGAGCAUCCUGGCUUAACAAGAGUGAGUGCCAGGGCAUCACACAGCCUUUCUGCAACCUCACUCGUGAAACAGAAAACUUUACAGAGCAUUACUACGCCAGGGUGAGGGCCUCUGGCCAGAACUACUGCUCCUCCAGCUGGGUGUGCUCAGACAGAUUUGAAGCCAGGCAAGAGACUAUUAUUGGAGCACCAGAAGUGGAGUAUAUUCCUUCUGUACGGUCCAUAAAGUUUCUUAUCCAGCCCCCCUAUACUCCACUGAGAGGUGAGGAUGACCGCCAGCUAACCGUAGAGGACAUUUGUAGCAAAUUUGGUGCUGUUGAUUAUCACUUAACAAUUAUUAACCAAAGGACACACCAAAAGUGGACAAAGUACGAGCACAACAAAGAAUUUGAAGUUUCUGACUUGGACCCAGAUACUGAAUACAAUGGAACAGUAUACAUGUAUCUCCUCCACAGAAGCAGCAGAUACCAAGUAUUUCGGGUUAAAACACUAACAGACAACACGUGGCUUCUCUACUGGUUUGUUUUAUUUGCCUUCUGUGCUGGGCUGGCGUUUGCUGCAGUUAGCUACAUCCUCUACAAAUACAUCAAGCAGCACAGUGCACAGCCUACAUCACUGGACUUCAGAGGGAUUUCAUCAUUCCAGCCUCUUACACUGACAGUGGAACAUAUUAUAAAGCCCUUUAAUUUAACCAUACCUUCGCUUUUCAUCCCCGAAAUGCAACUGCCACAGAUCAGCCAACAUUUGGACAGAGCACUGGAGCCACCAGAGUCUUUCCAUCCACCAGAAGGUGCCUACCAGGACCAGCCAGAUGUGCUGACAUUCCAGCUUCCCUCCUUGGCAAGCACAGCUCCUGGUUAUGCUCCUCAAACAGCUCAGCAAAGCCUUCUUGUUGCCCCCUCCAGCACAACUCUGCCCCUCACCUAUGGUGUGUGUGGAGAAAGCAUGGACCAUGCUGACAAGAGGAGUCUGCAGCCAAACCAAACUCUAAAGGAAGUUUCUCUGGAUAGUUCUGCUGGUGGAAGUCUCAUAACCCAGGUGCUGGGUGAGAGCUGCAGCUGUUAUAAAGAACAGAGGCCGAAGUUGGCACUGCAGUACAGCAGGGACACAAGAGCUCUCUCACAGGGGAGCCCUGGACAAAUACAACAACUGCUGCUGCAGACUGAGGGGAUGGCAAGUCAAGUGUACAUAUCCCAGCUCCAAGAGAGUCAAGAAACAGAGAUGUUAGCAGGGAAGGAGCUAAACUGCAUGGAACAGAAAACUGCAAUGUCCCAAGGCACUCUCUCAGAGCAGGACAAUGGCACUCUUCUCACCAAGUUUUUUAAAUAUUUGGACUUAAAAGUAGCAGGGGAUCAGGAUGAAAACACAGAAUUGUACUAGGAUGACUUGAUGAUAAUAAAUCUAGAUUAUAUUUGCUUGCAUGAAAUAGUAGCCUGCCAAGACUGCUAUGCAGAUAAAUAUAUCUGAUCUUGGAUGUAUGAACACA